AUGUCUUCUAAUAAAGAAAAACCUCUGUCACAUACGACCAUUCCAAUAUCUCGUAAUGAAACAUCUCAAAUUUCAAUCUCACAAUCACAUAUACAACCACAGAUAUCACCAUCGAUAAAAUCCAAAUUCUCUUUUCUAUUUACAAAAGAAUUUGGUUCCAUUUUUUUACUUGGUCAAUUUCUUUCGUUAUGCAUCACGGGUGCAAUUGUUCUUGUCACCGUUUUAACACUUAAUUAUAAUACCAGUUUACCUGCAACUUUAAGUUUUUUAAUCUAUACAACUUUGGCUUUUAUUUAUACGCCUAUUACCAUCUAUAAGAAUGGUAUACGUGCAUACUUGGGAAUUAUUAAAGUUCGCGGAUGGAAAUAUUUAUUGCUUUCGAUUGUAGACUUAGAGGCAAAUUAUUUCGGAAUAAAAGCUUACGCAUAUACAUCUAUCCUAUCUACGGUCCUGCUCGACGCCUGGGCGAUCCCAGUAUGCGUGAUAUUAUCUAUAUUCUUUUUGCAUGUAAAAUAUCAUUGGUCUCAAUACUUAGGUAUAGUAAUUUGUAUGGCCGGAAUCGGUGUCUUGAUCGAGGCUGAUUUUCAAAGUGGAAAAGAUAUGUACUAUGCAUUGGAUCCGAUAAAGGGUGAUAUAUUUUGCUUAAUAAGUGCAACGUUUUAUGGAAUAUCUAAUGUUGCCGAAGAAUAUUAUGUGAGAAAACGGCCAACAUACGAAGUAUUAGGACAAAUGGGACUUUGGGGAAUGAUUAUGGGUGGAAUUCAAGUAGUAACUUUGGAGCGUUUCGAUUUGGCAAAAGUUGUAUGGACCGGACCUAUAACAACUCUACCGGUAAUUAAACCUGAUGACGAAAACAGUGCGGAACAAGUUGUUUCAGAUGAAGGUACCGCAAUGACAAAUGUCUGA